AUGGAAAUCAAAUCAGGAAUGUCAAGUAUUCAGGCAUUUAUCAGCCACCAGAAGGAUAUUAAUGGAUUUGCUUAUGUUUUUUAUUACAACUUAGUUGAUGUUCUUGAAGUGAAAGAUAAUAUUGGGGACUUGUUGAGCCGGAUAAGCGCCAUGAAUAUUCAGCUUGAUAUCACUAUUAAUUCAGACAUUACCCGGUUGUAUUUGGACUUGAUAAGCAAUUACUUUGCCCUCAUGUUCUUCCUCACUCGGAUACCUGAUAUUAAAUGUAUACUUAUUCUUUAUAAUUUCCUGUAUGAGCAGGCAAACGGCCGCCAAGAACCGAAUUAUCCCCGAAUGGCCGAACUUUUUACUUCCUCUCCGGAAGUAGUUCUUCGUAACCUGAGUCUUGAAGUCAAUCCACACGCUCGAAUUUUGUCUGGUGCUCUGAGGUCUCUCGGUGAUUUUUUUGUUCGUCGUACUGUACGAGCGCAGAAUUGGAGCUAUGGAAAUUUUCUGAAUAUUCUUAGCGAGCCCUCGAAAUUAACUCAUACUCUUUUAAGUGACCAACUUGCUUGUGAACUCAUUCCGUACGAAAUAAUGGAGCGUUGGAUUGUCUUUGGUUACUUAAUGAUCUAUCCAGAACUCUCUUCAGAUGACGCAUUCAAUCAACUCAAAAUGACACUGCGAAAUACUUAUGUUGUUGUUCUAUUCCGCGAUGAUGUCAUCCACAUCCAUUCUUUGCUUCAAACAUUUCUAGAAUCGGUAUGGACAUGUAAGAUUGGCUCUAAGCGUGUCAGUGAAAUUAAAGAAACCUUUAUAACAGCUUGCUCGCAGGCACCAGAAGUUCAUGCAGAUCGUAGGGCAUACCUGCGAAAUGCUUUGCGUCAGCUUAAUUUAAUCUUUGCCGAUGAACCUGGUCUCUUGGGUCCUAAAGCCUUUCUUGUAUUCUGGAGCCUUUCAUAUGCUAGCGAUGAACUGCAUUGGCUUAUUAGACACAUUGCCAAUCCUCCAAAUAAGAAAAGUGGAAUUUCUAGUGGUGGUUCUGGAUUAUCUAAGUCAGAAGAUCUAAUCGACCCCUUCUUACCUGAGCUUCUUUUCUAUAUGGACGAGCUGCGAGGCCUUAUUUUGCGUCAU